GUGGAGGGGUGUGCAGGGAAAUCUCUCUCUGCUGUGCCAGAACAAACAAUAACAAAUAGAUGUUCUUCGUCUUAAAAACAGAAUACCUGCUGUAUCUUGCCUCUGUGGAAAAUGAAAUUUCAUACACUGCAUCUUGACUUGAUUUUUCUGAUGAUGGCAGCUACUUGCACUUCAAAUCAAUUUUGAAAUGUGAAGCCGCUGGUUUGUAUUGCAUCUUUAUUCAUUCAGAAUGGUUGAUCCAAUAUCUGAAGAUGAUUGCAUGCUCCGUGAGUGGGCACCACUAUCUUCUUUGCUUGGACAAAUUCCACCCAAAGCACAAAGAGGACUUUUUACUGGUGACCUUAAUUUUACGUGCAUAGCUGCAAUACCAGAUUAUCUAGCAAUUGGAACAAAUCAUGGCCUUGUGUACUGGUACAAUAGACUUACCAAUGAGCUUCAACGAUUGCGUUGUGAGAACACCAUGUGCUCGAUAACAUGUGUUAGUGUGACUUCCACAGUAGACUUCAUGAUUGCAGCAGGAACCAGCACAGGGGUUGUAUCAGUGUUUCUGGUUCCCAAAGCUGCACCUAAUGACAUUCCAGAUUUGUUUAAGACAAAUUCCAAAAAGCAGAUUGAGCGAUAUACAGUAGGAGACCUACAUUCUACGCCCAUAACAGCCAUAGAAUGGAGCCCAAAUGGUAUGAAGUUGUUUAGUGGAGAUCAGAAAGGCAUAAUUGUCCUGACUGAAAUUGAUUUUUACAUGCAUCUCAGCAAAUCAGUGGAGAUUCUUAAUGAGAAAUAUGAAGUUGUUCAGCUCAGCUACAAUUCAAACAAUCAGCUUCUUCUGGUGUCAACUUUAUUUAGGACCAUAUUGUGCUUUAAAAAUGCCAGUGGAGGUACUUGGAAAGUAUCCCAAGUUGGCAACAAAGAAAGAAAGACAUUGGGGAAAAUGGGUGCAACUUUUUUUAACAACUCUGAAAACCCACGAUUCCCAGUAGUAUUUUGCAGUAGACCUGGAUUAAGAAUCUGGACAGCAAACAAGGAUGGCGUUGUUGAAAAGACACUAAUGUUCAAAGACUCUGUGCUUGGUCAACAAUAUCUCAUUCCACUUUUGAAUCCAACAAAAUCAAGAGGAAGACAGUCAUGUGGUGAUCUGCAGCUUGGCCCACUUCUGAUGUUUAGAGACUGUCUGUUAGUCACAUACACCUCUGAUGCUCUUCUGAUAUUAGAUCCUAAUUCAAUAAGUGUUGUUGGGGCUUUGUAUGAUGUUCAGAAAAUAUCUGCUCUGUGUGUAACAAAAUCAGAAAUAUUUAUAUUGGAAGGAGAGCGCCAUAUCAUGCGCAUAGGGUUUAGUCCUGAGAAGUCAACAGUCACACAUUUAGAAGACUCGGCUUCAGCAAUAGGGGGAGCAAUAACUAAUCAAUUUCUAGAACUUACUGCAAAAAUAAGAGAUGCUUCUUUUACAUCUGUGAUUCCAAUUAAAAAGCUUUCACCAAUUUUCUCUCCAACCCGAAGCUCUGGCUCAAGUGAUGGAGAACAGGUGUCAGAAUGCAUGGAAGCUCAGGAACUUCCUCCUGUUUUAUCCUUGGAUACUUUAGAUCUUGCUACAACCGAGAGCAUACCAGAACUUCAUGUUAAUGCAGAUUCUGUCGUUUUAAGUCCCGCACAAAAGGAGGUUUAUAGCACGGCUCAAAGAAGUGGUGUAACUGCUCAAGUUGGCACAUCAUUGCAUUCAGAAAUGCUGGAUAAAAUUGGUCAAGAGCAGUUUGAAGAAGUUGUGUUCCAACCAAGAAGAAAAAUUAAAAAGAUAAGGAAGAAACCAGGAGUUUUAGCAAAAACAGGCACUGAGUCUGGAUCAGACACUACAAGUGUUGUGUCAACAACCUCAGAGAAUGAUGAAGUAUGGCCCGGAGAACAAGUGGAUGCUAGCAGUGAGUGGAGCAACGUAAGUGUGAACACAUCCCGGCGAUCUUCUGUUGAUGCACAAUCAAAAUCAGAAAAUGACAUUUUAAAGAAACUUGAAACAACCUCUGGGCAAGAAAAUGCUUGUAAUGAAAACUUUGGUUUGGAGGAAAGUUUUUAUGGACUUGCAUUACAGUCUAUAUCAGAAUCUACUCUCAAGCUAUCUAAAUUUGAAAAUUUUGUUACUCUGCAACAACGAAAUGAGCAAGAGAUUGAAGAAGCUCUAGCUGCCAAGGAACGGUUGCUAGCAAAGAAAUAUAAUUUAGAGGUGGAGCUUGGUAUUCCAUUAGAUGAUGAACAAUCUUUGGAAGCUAUUUCAGUGGUGGAUUUGGAUACUCAACAAACAACAAAUGAAACAAUGCCUGAAGAUGACAUAUUAGAUAGUAAUUUAACUGCAUGUUCUGAGGAAAGUACUUUGCAGAGCUUCAGUGGUUUUGAAAACUUGAAAAUUAUCUCUGAUGGUAUUGAAAGUUUCCAUGAUGAGAAAAUAACUUCACUCAGUAGUAUUCUAAGCUAUGGACCUCCCUCAGGAAGUAGCCAGCUUCCCAGUAGGCAUUCAUCAUUGGAUCUGGAACUUCCCUCCCCUAGAGAAGAAUCAGGUAAUGUCUCUCUACAGAAGGAAGCUAUGGAAGCCAGUGGAUGGUUGCAGUUCAGCACUCCAAAACCUACUGUUUGGCUUGCUGUCUCUAGUCACUACUUGGUGGCAAUUGAUAACCAUGAUACAGUCCAUUACUGUGGUUUGGGAGGACUUGGCUUAAAGUGGCAGAUAGCUGAUUGCAAAGCAUCACAACUCGCACUUUCUCCCAAUACAAGUUGUGUCUGGAGAUUACAUAACAAUGUAGCGUAUGCAUUGAAAAAUCCUGCCUCUUCAGGUCCUCAUGGAGAAGAAUGGUUAGAAGUAGCUACAAGUGUACGAAGCAUUGCUGUAGCAGACAAUUGCGCAUGGUUUAUAUCUCUGGACGGUGAUAUUUUCUGUCAGAAAGGACUAAGUAAAAGCAGUCCCACAUCAGAUUUGACAACCAUAAAUAAGCCUUGUGAAUGGUCUGCAGUUAAGAUUGUGUGCUUCUCCCAAAUUGUGUGGCUAUUGGCGUCUACUGGUGAGGUCUAUGCUCGGUUAGGUGUUUCAUCUGCUAGGCCUGAGGGUGUUGAUUGGAAGCGUGUGAACAUACCUAUUCCUGGAAGUGUUGUUGACAUAUCACUUGGAUCUCAGAGAACUGGUUGGAUUGUGGACAACAAUGACACAGUGAUGUUCUCAGUUGAUCACAUGGAGCAUGAACCACACUGGUGGCAGGUUUUGAUAAGUGACUACAUAUUUCAACAGACUUCACCGCUCCAAAGAUUGCGAACAACACUAACAAAAAAUUUGCGCCCAGCUUUGCCUAGUCGUCAUGGACCAAUAUCAUGUGUUGGUUCAGGCAAAGAUUCAGUUUGGAUUCUUCAGCAUAAUUCUAAUACUUUGCAUGCUAACAAAUCAAAGAUUACAGGUCAUUCUUGGACAAAAAUAAAAGUUAAGGGGUCUCCGACCAGUAUAAAAUGGCAGACAGUAACAGCAGAGGGUAUUUUUGAAAGUGGUGGACAGCUAUGGUUACUUUCAGCCAACGGAGAUUUAUUUUGCUCCCAGCCAUACAACCGCAAGAACAUAGAGCUAAUACCUUUACCAACGUCAGAGGGUGCUGUUUGUCUUGCUUCAUCCUCCCAAGCGUUAUGGCUGCUCACGUCUUCAGGGAAAAUUUAUAUCCGUCAAGGGCUAAGUGACACUUGUUUGGAGGGCAACAAUUGGACAGAGUUGAGCCUUGUGCAAAUAGAGGAUGUGCAUUUAAGUCAUGUGUCAUGUGGACUGGAUGUUGUAUGGGCUUGUGACACUGUAGGUAAUAUGCACAUGACUGUCAGUUCUCCCCAUGCCAUGGCCACUGCUGCUUUCUCUCCUGUGUGGAUUCGUGUUCCUGAUUCUAAAGAACAAAAAAAGAUAUUCUUCAUCAAGGUCUUUGUUGGCUCACAAACAUAUAUGGUCUGGGCUUUAGACAAUCAGGGUAAAGUUUAUGUCAGAGAGGCUAUAUUUCCCGAUUACCCUCUUGGUCUUGAUUGGGUAGCUGUAACAGGCAUUACAGCACUAGAUCUAAGUGUUAGUGCUACAGCAGUUUGGGCUUUGUCUGUGGAUGGAGAUGUGUACCGACGUCAAGGUAUUACCCAAAAUAAUUACAUUGGAGACUAUUGGAAGAAAAUACCUGGUUCUGUUGAAGCCCUGACAGCAUCUAUGUGUGAUAGACUGUGGGGUAUUGAUAAGAGUGGUAUGCUCCUACGACACACACAGCUAACAGUAAAUCUGAAUUCUGGAAGCGUAAAUCCAGGAAUACCUCAAGCACUUGUGGAAAAUAUGCCAGUAGGAGAAGAAGGAGAUUGGGAAGUAGUGUAACUUAAGUUUUUAAUGCUAUAUUCCAAAGAAUUCAACCUAUUAUGAUCUUCAUUCAUUUCUUCAUGUUUAAAUGAAAAGGGGUUGUUUAAUUUCUGUCACAUGCUACUGACCUGAGAUGUUCAAAUACAUCUCUGUAAAUAGAAUUUUGGUAAGAGUAUGUUAUUUCCUUCCCACUUUUUAAACAUCUGUGACAUGCUCAAAAAGUAAAAGGGUAUUUAUAAUUGUCAUUUUAAUUAUCUUUAUCGUUGUUAAAAAGGGAUUAUUUCUUAAUUUUUAGUGCCUUAAAUCUUGAGAAAGGGCGGGUUUAUCUCAAGGUUAAAUACUUUAAUUUUUAAACCAAAUAAUUCAGUUAUUCCAAAGAUAAUCUAUUGGUUUUCUUGACCUGAAGCAUCUUGAUCUGUGAUUUUUUUUGCUGUGUCCACCUUGUAAUCUGAAAGACUCUUGGUAAAUCUAUUUUAUAUUACAUUUGGGAUGUCUAUCCUGAUGUGGAGUGCUUCUGAUUUGGGUGUACAGUUUAUCAAAAAGUGAAUAUCCCCCUACAUAAUUAUUCCUUUUCCCCCAAUUCUAUAAACACUUAAUUUCAAAUCGCAAAUGUUCAUGAUCUGAUUAUUAUAGUUCUAAUUUUAUGUCUGACCGACAACUUUUGUACACUGUUAUAUCUCUUAGGCAUAUUUGUGAAAGAUUUUUUGUUCCCAUCAUUUAUCUGGAUCCUGAAAGCAUCUAUACAAUUUUGUGGUUUGUAUUUUGUUGUAGUUUUGAUGCACAAUUGUUUUCUAUUCUCCUUGUCAAUUUUUUUUAUUUUUCUCUAUGGUGCUAAAUUUUUAACCAUUUAUAUGUAGUAAGUUGCUGCUUGGGAAUUUUUCUCAAGGGUUGCAUGUGAUGCAACUAACUGUGUGCUAGUGUCUGUGAUACGUUUACUCUUGGCAUUAGUUUUUAGUCAAUUGGAACAAAUAAAUUAAACGUUUUCUGCUAA